AUGAACGCACUUGAAGACUCUCUAUUUAUAAUUGAGAGAAUUAAAGAUACGUUUCAGAUGAAGCAGGGGAAACGGCAAGGCCCGACAACCAUGGCCAACUUGAAGACGGAGUUAGUCUCCACCUUGCAUAUGGCUACGAAACAUUGCGACAUUCUCCCACAUGGAGCCCCCACUCAAGGUAUAAACCCACCCAGCCCACUUAAUCCUUUGGCAGCGCUUGCAGCCUACAUCGAUGUGAAUUUCACCGCUGCUCUCCGAAUGCUACGGACAGCGGCAUCUGCUGCAGUCGAGGAGGCAAAAGCUGCAGUGUUCUUUGGCAGUAAAGGCAGGUUCAAAAUUUCCAGUUUCCUGCAUGGAAAGCUUCAAAAAUUAUGGCUUCAAGCCUAUAAGGGGUCCAUGCAGGUCCAUAUCCAACAAGCCGAGCAUACGUGCGUCAGCGGCUUACAGCAUCACAAUGAAGUGGCCAAGCGGAGCACAAGCAAAGCUGCAGGCAUAAUCGGCAAUAUGCCAAGCACGAUCCACCACAGCCAGGUGUUGUCAAGCAGGGAUAUAGACAAGGAAAGCCCUAAUCCAGUGUGCGAGCAAUCCGCGGAGCGGAUGGGCGCCACUUCCGGACACAAUAGGAAUCUAUCUAUUAUCCAGCAGUUGCCAGCCAGUUGGCGUCCUCUUCGGAGAGAUGACGGUACAUUCGUAGCACCUCCUGUGCAGCUCUUGGCUGCCUAUGCAAGCGACGGCUCAAAUCACGUGCCAUCGGUCUUUCGACACGGCUUUGGUCCGAAAGAACAGGAGCUUUCGGCAGCUGGAGGCAAAGCAGCACCUCAACAGGCCUUUGAAUGCGUCGUCGGUCUUUGCGUUCGUAGCUUAUUAGACCUUUACAUUCAGGCUGUCCGUUCACUCCAGCCUGAGCUAUUGCCUGAGGGAUCUGUAAUUCUUGUUGGAGCUGUAAACGUCCCGAUGAUGUUUAGGGUAAUGGAAGAGCAUCGUCUGAUCGUGCAGCCUCUGGACCUCGACCCUCACACUUUGAUGCCCACCCCUCAAAGUUUGAAGCAGGCAAUGAGGUGUUGGGGCUCUCAAGCUAAGGCGCUUGUUCAUUCUCACCUGUACGGCGGGCUAUGCGACUUGCAGCUUCUGGUGAACUUUAGCGCCGAGCACAGGCUUCUCCUCAUUGAGGACUGCGCGGAAUCCUUUGUGGGGGAGCUAUACCGAGGUCAUCCUUUGGCAGAUAUCAGUCUUUUCUCUUUCGGUCUAAUGAAAACAUGCACUGCAGCAGGUGGAGGCAUUGCUACAGUGCGUAGUCGGUUCGUCGCUGCCCGUAUGCGGUCCUUGCAAGCGUUGUACCCAUUUAGCAGCCGUUGGACAUUCUUUAAGAAGCUUUGCGUCACUCUCGGGGCCUGCGGAUUGCAGAAUGAAUUCAUAAUGAAGACUUUCCUGAGACUGUGCUAG